GCACGGCACGGCAAGCCGACAGGCAGCGCGGCGCCCUGUCCGACAGAGCGAUCAGUCCAGCCAGCCCAGCAGCCGAGCCGCUGCGUUUGCAGUCGUCCAGCCGCCGUUCGGGUUUCAGAUUGCAGGGCUCUCGCCGGUUCCAGUCCCAGUCCCCCGGUCUGCAGCAUACGGCAGAGCCUCUCAGUGGUCCCAGGCUUUGAGAGAGGUUGAUAAUCAUGGCUCAUAUAGUGGAGAGAACUAAGUUAACACCCGGCACCGCCGAUUACCAAGCUGUUUCCGACUUGUUUUGCUCCCACAAUUUUAAUCGGGACACCCGCCUUGAAAUACAGUCCAUCGAGGCAGUUCAAAAUUAUGGACUCGAACAACAAUUCAAGGAGAAGCAGGAGAACUACAAGAAGACUUAUGGGCACGUGAGGGUCGUCAAGCUCUGGCACGGCACGAAAACGAAUAACGUCGCCCAGAUUUUAAAACACAAUUUCGAGGUGUCCCGUCACGGUCAGAACGUGGGUCACAGGUUUGGCGCUGGUGUCUCCUUCUCGGCCUCUGCCAUGUACGCGUCCCACUACUCGGACAAGAUCUCGGUCUCGGGCUGCAUGCUGCUGUGCGACGUCCUCGUGUCCAACAUCCUGCAGGUGGAGGAGAACAGGGGCCAGCACGCCGUCAUGCAGCAGCCGCCCUACAUGCCCGGCCGCUUCCCGCUGCGCUACGACACCACGGCCAAGAACAAGGACACCCUGGACGUGGUGGUCAAGUUUGAGCCCAACUCUUACCGUCCCACCCACGUAGUCUACUUCAAGCGGACAGCUGCGCCUGUCCGCGAGGACGACUUUGAUUAUUGCGAUUAUGAUGAUGAUGAUUAUCAUUACUACGGGGACGGCGAUGACGACUACUGUAAGAUUUGUGAUAAUUACGAGUGCGAGUGCGAUGACUAUGACAAUGGUUUCUACUACGGGCCGUACUAUUGACGAUUCUCAGAGGAGAUGUUAUUGUUAAUUUGACUUCCUUUUCUUUUUGAUUUCAGAACAACAUAAAAUUGUUAGGUUACUGAUUAGUGGUCAGUAGUUGCCAAGACAACCAGUCCUUAUUCGUACGGUAGUGUGUUAAUUUUAAUUUGCCUAAUGUUUUUCAUGAUUUACUCAGAUUUGCUGGUCGUGUACUUGUUUCUUAUCUAACCUGACAGUGUGUUUAUGAUUUAUUGAUAAUAAUAACAACAGAUCUGUUUUUCAA